AUGGCGCUGUCUCCAUCAAGAAAUUUGAACGCUGUUAUCAUCGGCUACAUGCCUAUAGGUCAUACGAGGAUCGCCCUCUCAGCGUUCCAGGCAGCCCGUGUCUUCCAGGCUGCACCGGGCUACCAGCUCUUCCAGAACCAGAUCCGUGAGAAAAUCCCGCGUUCCACCGCUUAUUCCUCGACUCCUGUUACAGUUGACCAGAUUAACCCUCCAAUUGAGAAGGUUGUCACGAAAUGUGGUGGCUCUAUCGAGUAUCUCGGUGGUCAUUCUGUUAUUGCCCUCUUCUCUUCCGAAAGAAUUGCCAUGAAGAUGUCUUUCAAAGCCGGCGGCUCUCAUUUGAGUCAUGAGCGGAAUUUUUGA